UUUUAUUAGAGCAGCCUCAGAAGUUGCUGGGUAGUUUCUGCGCCCUUGGGGCUCCCUUGCAGCACACUGUUUCCUGGGGUGCUCUGACCCUGUGGAGCAGUCUAAAUCUCCUUGGCAGGAAGGUGGUCCUUCUCCCCCCACCCCCAACCAACACCAUUGUUAUUAUUUUUUUUUUUUUUUUAUCUCCAGCUUGGUUUUAAAAAACUGAAGUUACAGUUUCUAAAUCUAAAAUCUGGAUACUAUGUUGAGGCAGCCCCAGCACUUGACCCUGUGCGGCCCUGGUCCCUGAGCCCUGUUGUAUUUGAGAGGGUGGCGUGCAGUGUGUCCUCACUGAAGUAUAGGGUUAUGUGUUCAGCAGGCACGCAGUUCCGAUGCUGUUUCUGUUUGUAAUUGGGAGUUGAUUAUGAUCAGUGUACUUCAAUGGCUCUUCUAAGAUUGUGCAUUUACGUAUAUUUAUGUAGACACCAGCCUUCCCAAGAAGACAUGUACAGGUAUUGUAUAGCUUGAAUUUUAAUGUAUACAUUUAAAAAAAGUUACCCUCUCUGUGUUCUCCCUACUUCAGGACAAAAAGUAGGUACGUAUGGUUAAAUUCAGAAAUGUGACUGGUGAUGUGUAAUCAAUGUUGUGAAGCCUGGCCUUUGAAGAUAAGCCGCUUGACACGGUAGUUGUGUAGCCCAGUCUUAGCCCAGACUUACAGAAGGAUCUCCAGAAGGAAAACCGUGUCAGAGUCCUGUUGCACGUCGCUCAGGUAGCAUUGGAGGAGGUUUUGCCCAUAGCUGGAGAACAUGGUAUCAAAGGCACCAUGUGGAAGGACGUAGAGGAAAGACCCAGGGCAGAUGCCCAGGGCAUUCUCGGCUCCGUCUGAGGAGGACUUUGCCCAACAACUGCGAGAGAAACGGAUGGCCUGUGAGCUGCCAGAGACUGCUGCUGCUCUGAAACGGAUGCUGCAAGCGCUGAUGGACAGAGGAGCCAUCGUGAGGAACUUGGAGAACCUGGGUGAGCGGGCGCUUCCUUACAGGAUCUCCGUCCACAGUCAGAAGCACACUCGAGGCGGGUAUUUUUUGGUGGACUUUUAUGCACCAACAACUAUUGUUGAAAGCAUAAAGGAGUAUUUGUCACGAGACAUUGAUGUGAUUAGACCGAAUAUUAUAAAACAUCCUCUGACUCAAGAAGUAAAACAGUGUGAAGGAAUCAUCCCCGUCCCACUUGAAGAAAAAUUAUAUUCCACAAAGAGGAAGAAGAAAUAAGAAGACACCCCAGGCAUUAGCCUCCUUUUUAAUUCUCUCACAUGGGAGCAGCCUGGGUGAAGAGUUCAUAAGUUUUGAAGAGCAAAACACGAAAAACUACCUUGGAUUAUAAGCGAGCCAUUCAGAAUAUGUAGUCAGGUGAAAAUAAACAUUGAAGACCACUAUAUAUGGACAAUCUUUUGUGAGAGUAAUAAAUGUGAUUUUUAAAA